GCGACUCUGAGGCCUGGGGAGCCCUGGGGAGCAGGAGGGGUGUGUGUCACUGUGGUGAGGGGAGCGGAAGUCGGAAGCUCUAGCUACCACAUUUGCAGGGCAGACGACCGAGCAGCAGGAAGUGCCCCUGGAGCUGGGGAGCCCACGACAGCUCCCCAAUCCUGGGUCCUUUGGAGGGUAGUUGCCAAGUUGUGUCCCUGCUCAGUACUCUCCUUAAUCUAUGAAAUGGAAUUGUGAAAACGGACACCGUUUCCUGUGCAGCUUUUGUUCUGUGGAUGAUGGGUGACAACAGACUCUUGGACCACUCCCAACCAGUGGAACUUCUCAAUAUCUAUUUGGGAGACAAUCUGCAGCCCUAUGCAGAUGCAUGCUCAAGGGAAACACAUGGCCAUCCAGACCCUCCUGAACCUUGUGGGGAACACACCUGGACCUUUGACCCUCCUGAAUCCACCGAGAAGCCUGAUGAUCCUCAUAGUAGCCCUGGUAUGGAGCCUGCAUGCCUGGGGAGCUGCUCUUCCCAGAGGGAGCCCAGGCAGACACCAGCAUCAUCAGGGUCUCUAGGGGACAGCCACCCUGUGAGGAGCCCACGGCAGAACCAGAACUCAUCCACACAGGUGGUAUUCUGGGCUGGCAUCCUGCAGGCCCAGAUGUGUGUCUUGGAUCUGGAGGAGGAGCUAGAGAAGACUGAAGGGCUCAGGGCUGAGCUGAGGUGCUGUAUUCCCACACCUGCUCCGGAUUUCUCUGGCGAUGUGUGCCUGAGCCCUAGCUUACCUGUAGAGGAGGAUUCUGGGGAUGACAGCAGUGGAGCUGAAGGGGAGAACCAGGUCUGGCCGAGGAGGGAAACUCCAGACUCCUCCCCAGAAUGGGGUGCAGAGGAGGAGAGCCUGUUCUUUGAUAAUCCUCUCUUCUUGGAGAGCCCUUGCUCAGAUACCAGUGCUGCUGGGGAGUGCUUUUCCUGGGGGUUUCCAGACUCCCCCACCAAUGAAAGGACUGGAUCUGACAACCUGCAGACCCUGGAGCCUGUACUCCCUGGAAGCACAGGGUCCUGGGAACCAGGAAGUGAGCCAGAUACAGGGUGUGGCAUGACUGAUUCCAGUGGUUAUACCACCCCUCCUGUGCCUUCCUACAAACCACACCCUUUCUGCUGGGCUUCAGGGGCUCCCACUGAGGGGACUUCCUCAGUAUCUCCUCCUGGUCAGGAGGAAAGCGAGGCGUCUGUGGAAGACAAGCUUGGAUCUGCCUCACCGGUAGUUCCCUGUGUGGACCAAACAUUGAACCAGGAGACGGGAGACCUUGGAUCUGACCUUAGUCCUGACACACAUCCUAUACAGCCUUGGGUCCUACCCAACCCUGAGGGCUGGCAGGCAGGAGAGGGUCCUUCCUGGCCCCAGGAGCCGCUUAUCUCCCAGGACAGAGGUGAGAGGGCUACUAGGCAUCCCCAGGAACCAACACCCUUCACGUUGGCCCCUGGCCCCUGGGGGAGCCCAGCCUCUUCAUCAGAGCCUAGCAGUCCGGAGUCUGAGACCAGAGGCCACAGCCCCACACUUAGCCCUGCAUCCUCCCAGGAGGGCAGCCCACAGCUCCAGCACCACAACAUUUCUCCCAAGUGGCCACUAGAUUCCUCGCAUCAUUUGCUUGUGGAGACCGAUGUCACAGAGUCAAGUUCCCAGAAGAAAAAGGAGGCAGAGGAGGCCCCAAACUCAGGGCAGGAAGUAAAGAGGGAAAGCACAGCCAAGACUGCAGAGGCUGUAGGCACCCAGUCCGACGUUCACUUGUCUUCUUCAGAAGGGCUUCCAGAGAGCUCCAUGCCCCAAGCACAGUCUCUAGAGGAAGGGCAGAAGUCAGUGGCUGGAGACAAGUUGGCUAAUGGUAUCAGGAAUGACAAAGGGGCCUGGAACCUAGCCUCACGCCUCUAUCACCUGGAGGGUUUCCGGAAGUCUGAAGUGGCUGCCUACCUGCAAAAGAACAAUGACUUCAGCAGGGCUGUAGCAGAGGAGUACUUGUCUUUCUUCCAGUUUGGAGGCCAGAACCUGGACCGAGCACUCCGGGGCUUCCUCCAGGCCCUGGUGCUCAGUGGGGAGACCCAGGAGAGGGAGCGAAUCCUCUAUCAGUUCUCCAAACGCUUCCAUUACUGUAAUCCUGGGGCCUUCCCCUCAGUAGAUUCCAUACACACCUUGACCUGUGCCAUCAUGCUUCUUAACACAGACCUGCAUGGACAGAACAUUGGAAAGAGCAUGAGCUGCCAGGAAUUCAUUACCAACCUGAAUGGCCUUCAGGAUGGUGGGAACUUCCCCAAGGAGCUGCUGAAGGCUCUGUACUGGUCUAUCCGAAGUGAGAAGCUCGAGUGGGCUGUGGAUGAAGAGGAUACAGCUAGACCUGAGAAGGCCCAGCCAUCUCCCUCAGCUGGCAAGAUGAGCAACCCCUUCCUUCAGCUGGCUCAAGACCCCACGGUGCCCACCUAUAAACAAGGCAUCCUGGCUCGGAAGAUGCAUCACGAUGCUGAUGGCAAGAAGACACCAUGGGGCAAGCGUGGUUGGAAGAUGUUCCACACCUUACUGCGAGGGAUGGUUCUCUACUUCCUAAAGGGAGAAGACCACUGUCUCAAGGGGGAGAGUUUGGUUGGACAGAUGGUAGAUGAGCCCGUGGGGGUGCACCACUCUCUGGCUAGUCCAGCCACUCACUAUACCAAGAAGCCACAUGUCUUCCAGCUGCGAACUGCUGACUGGCGCCUCUACCUCUUCCAGGCACCCACUGCCAAGGAGAUGACUUCCUGGAUCGCGCGCAUCAACCUGGCUGCGGCCACACAUUCGGCGCCGCCCUUCCCUGCGGCGGUGGGCUCUCAGCGCCGAUUCGUGCGGCCCAUCCUGCCCGUGAGCCUGGCCCAGAGCUCGCUGGAGGAGCAGCAUCGAUCCCACGAGAACUGCCUGGACGCUGCCUCCGACGACCUGCUGGAUUUGCAGAGGAAUUUACCUGAGAGGCGGGGCCGCAGCCGCGAGCUGGAGGAGUACCGCUUGCGGAAAGAGCAUCUGGAGUAUGAGAAAACCCGCUACGAGACAUAUGUGCAGCUGCUGGUGGCCCGACUGCAUUGCCCCUCUGGGGACCUGGCCCUGUGGGAGGAGCAGCUGGGGAAGGAAGCUGGAGGCACUUGGGAGCCCAAGCCCAGCCUCAAAAAGUCCCACUCAAGCCCAACUCUGCAUCAUGAUGAGGCUCCCACCACAGCCAAGGUGAAGCGGAACAUCUCAGAGCGCAGAACCUACCGGAAGAUCAUCCCCAAGCGGAACCGCAAUCAGCUAUGAAGCUGGUGGGUGCCACAUCUCAGACAUUGGCCUUUGCUCUGGAGUGGACCUGAGAUGAAACCCUGCAAAGGAACAUUUUUUUCACCCGGCCCAUGAUGAGGGAUGAGGCGCCUCCCCUUCUCUGCUGAAGGGUAAUGUUUGUUUCCCUGUGGCCCCCCAUUCCCUGGCUCUAUGAAGCUUUUCUAAGACUGCUGUGCCUGCUCACCUCCUCCCAUGCUCUCCCCCCUUAGAAGUCUCUCCACUGCCUCUAUUCCGGGCCAAUCCUAAAGGAAGAGGGAAGUCGAGCAAGGAUUCUGCUCUACUCCCAGAGUUCAUCCAAUGUCACUUCCAUCCCCCAGAAUCCAGAGUGGCAUCAUUUCCUGAACAACUGUGGGCCUGGGCUUUUGGGAGAGAGCUUGGAGGCAGUGUAGCCAAGAGAGCCACAGCACUGAGGACUGCUUUGUCCUGGGAAUUGGAGGACCUGCCAGGGGAUGCCCUAGGAGAACAGAGACACCAACAUAGAGAGCAGAGUUGCUUAGGCCCUGCCUGCUGAGGGAACAGCCUUCUAGCAGGAACCUUGGCAGGCUUCAAGAGUGUCGAGAGGCUGUGGGGCUCUAGGUCUUUGUUUCCUCUGGCUUCUUUCUGCCUCAAGUCAUCUAUGUACUGGGGCAAAUGAGAGAGCUUGUUGCCCAGUUGCUAAUCAACAGAGCAGAGCCGAUGGCAUGAGCAAGGGGAUAGGGGUGAGGGCCUCCAGAGCUCUGAGGAGAACCAUGGAGCCCUAGGAACAAGGAGCCUUUGUUUCCCUGAGGCAGAGAAGGUAGUUUUCCUGGUGCAGACCUCUGGCAAAAGUGGACAGGUAAUGAGUGGUAACAGUUCCCUUUGGAGGCUGCCUGGCAACCAGCUGGGUAAAAGUGUUGAGGGAUGGGAUGGAGGCAGGAGACCAGGGUCCUUGGCCAGGCUUGGGAGACUCCUCCACAUAUCCCUUCCUCCACAGCUCCACAAAGCUGCAUUCCUGAGGACCAGGGCCUCUUUGCUAUCUCUGGGGUAGCUCCUGGUGCUUUGCUACCUUCCCCUGGGAAAUCCCCUUGCCCUACCCUCUGGCUGCCUCCCAGUCCAGCCUGCUCUCUAGGGGAGGUUCUGGAAUCUCAGGGACUAGGGCUUUGCCUGUAGGAAGGAGGCUGGGUUGGAGGGAGCAGCCACCAUUGUCUCUGUUCAGCCAAGUGUGUGAGUAGGCUGCCUGCCAAGUGGGGCCCUUUACUGUCUGCCCACUGCCUCCUGACUGACGCACUGCCUCCUGACUGACGCACUGCCUCUCCUGCCUUUUUGUUGGGUCAUCCUCCUGCCUUCUGAUGAUUCUUGUAACCAGCCUUGAGGCCCAGAGCUUCACAAAGUAGGACUGGCUCUUGGGCCACAUGGGGGUUUCUGGCUAGGGCCCGGGACUGGGUCAUGCACCCAAUGGGUGUACAAUAAAUUCAGGCCACCAAAGAUGGAAGUGUGCAUGUGUGUAUGUGAGGAAGGGAAGAUCAUGCAGCUGGGACCACCUGCAGUAUGGCAGGCCACAUCCCCCUUUGCCCCUGUGUGGUCACGUGUCUGUGCAUGUGCGUAGUGUGCUUUGUGUCUGUGUGUUCAUGUGUAUGGUACAGUCUCACAGUUACAGGUUGCCAGCUGUAGGGGACCUCAGAAUCAUUUUAUGCACUCCAUUCAUUCAUUCAGUUUACAUAUAUUAUGGGAUAUUUUAUACGGGCCAGUACAAGGGGAUUCAAAAUGAUUUAAACUAUCUCUGACUCCAUAAGUUAGGAGUCUUGCCCACUGGUUCCCACUUGUCAGUAAAGAGAGGUACUUUUUCUUUCAGGGGAAGCACACUGAAAAAGAUACCUUACUUCCUUAUACUCAGGGAUUCUGACUCAGUAAGUUUGUCAGGGGAAUGGGUAUAUAUUUAAACCCUCCUGGGUAACUGAGGUUGGUAUAGUUAACAGCUACAUAAGAGUCCACUUGUCUCAUUUUAUUGAGGUGGAAAUUUGGUAUCAGGUGGACAUGAUUGGCCCAGGACUGAUACUUAUAAGUUAGGUGGCCUUGAAUGGGUUCUUUGACUGUACUGAAAAUGCACCCUUAUUUCUAAUACCAGAAUAAAAGGUGGAGGUUUGGUUGCAUGUGUGUGUGAUACUUCAACACUCCUUUGCUUAUGUAGAACCAGCAUUUCCCUUUCACUCAGGCACGUGAAGCCUUUGGAGCCAGGUGAUUGUGGCUGCCUGGCUUCACCAGGUCCAUGCUGCCUGUUUGCCAGAAGGGUGGGGAGAUGGAGACUGGUCUGUUGGGUUGCAGUUGUAACAGGUGACCACUGGGGGGCGGGCGUGCAUCUCCCUAACUCUGGGCUGCUCAGGCGUGCAGCCACAGUUAUGUGCUUACUGAGAGGCAGAAAGUUAGUCUGUACCGGGCCUUCACCUUAACUGGAACCUUAUACUUCUCCAAACCCACAGUGGUGCAGGCCAGUGCUCUACCAUCUGGGGAAGCCUGUCCCAAGAAAAAGGUUGAGAUGCUGAUGUCUUUGUGCAAAUGGAGAGAAAGAAAUCUCUGGUUUGCUCCUGGUGACCAGGAAGUUGAGGGCUGAGUGAGUCUCUAGUCCCAAUCCCAGGUAUGGAACAGACCAGGUCACUGAAGGCCUAUAUCUGACCUUGUCUCCUACCAUCCUUUCCCACCUGUGCACUGGGUUGGUUCUUACCUUCACAGGGCUGGGAGAGAUUAUCGGUGAUGAGCCCAGGUUCCAGAAGGGGGAUCAAGUGUGGCUGUAGUCCUUCCCUGUCCCAUCUAGGGGAACUAAGCAUCUGGGUGCCUGGGCCCACUGUGACUCAGGGUGACACCUGAUGUAACAUCUUCCUGGGGUAUGCUCAGCUGGCUUUCUGUAGAGCACAUUCAUUUGUUGUUUGCCUGACACCACAGAAAAUUAAAAGAUCGCUGUGGUCAGAAGCCUGGAUUCUCUCUUCUUUGGGUGCUCUGAGUCUUCUGCAGCUGGACACAAAAAUGGGGCUGUGUGGGGGUUGAAAGGAGCUGUUAUUGAGGAUCAGGGUGAGGGGACUGAGGGAAACAGGGCGGUCAAGUGGUACUGAGGCCUGAUUAACAGCCUCAAAGCCAAGAGUAUGGCUUUUUGUGCAGUGCAGUUUUUAAGUAGCAGAGUGACAGGCUGUGGUUUGGGACAUAGCCUGGAGUUCUGAUAAUGAGAUGAGUAAGUAAGGGCAUUGGAUAAGGUUAGACUAU